UCGUAACGUUUCCACUGGUCGCGUGCAAGUGUGGUCCAUUCGUGAACAAAGUGUCGAUCGUUUUCGUGGUUUAUAUAUAAUAACAUUAUCACUCUCGUUUAAUACAUUUUUUUUCACCGUCUGUUUCGUUAUUCACGUUUGUUUGUCGCAGAAAAAAAUUUCCAAUGGACGAAUUCAACGAGGUUUGAUCUUUUUUUUUCAAAUCACACAAACUAUAAAAUAUAGGAUAUUCACAAAUUAUUCAAAGGCUAAUCAAUUUUGAAGGAUUAUAUUUAACUGAAAUAGAACAUGUGGUUUUUCCUGUUAUUCAUUUCAUCAUUUUACAUUUGGACAUGUAACGGAUUGACCGUAAAAGCAGUGGUGCCUCGGUACAAGGUCCGCGGGGAGACAGCCUUGCUCCGGUGCGACUUCGAGCUGGAAGGUGCUCUCCUGUACGCCGUCAAAUGGUACCGUGAAAACGAAGAGUUUUACCGGUUUGUGCCCAAGUCGAACCCUCAGAAGACGUCUUAUUCGGUGGAUGGGAUUAAAGUCGACCACACGCAGUCUAAUAGCCGACAGUUAGUGUUGAGAGACAUAACGCUGAAAACCACAGCUAAUUACCGGUGCGAAGUUUCUGCAGAAGCGCCGUCGUUUGCUUCCGCACAAGAUGGUGGCCGAAUGGAAGUUAUAUACUUGCCUAAAGACGGACCGUACAUUACUGGUGAUAAGUCAGUUUACCAGUUUGGUGACACGAUCAAUUUGAACUGUUCUUCAGCCAAGUCUUAUCCAGCAUCCAGUCUUCAUUGGUUCAUAAAUAACAUUUCGGCGAGAGAAGAAUCUUUGAAGAGAUUCCCAGCACAAAAACACCCUCGAGGACUUGUGACGACAACUUUGGGGUUGCAUUUACCUUUGGACGCGGAAACUGUGUUGAACGGUGCAGUGAGGGUUAGGUGUGUGGCGGUACUAUCACCCGUAUUAUGGAGUAGUGACAACGAGAAAGUGCUGCCCAGACAAGAUAAAAGAGAAGCACUCCUGCUCGUUACAGGAUCUUCCAGCGAAUGUAAUUCCAGCAGAGUCAUCGUGUUCCUAUUUUUAUUAUUCAUACAUGUGUUUUUUUAAAAUGAAAUAAGAAAACAAAUUAUUAAUAAAUAAAUAAAAAAUAUCAUAUCAAAUAUAAUUUAAUUCUAAU